CGAGGGGGCGGUGGCCUGGUCGCUGGUUCUGAGGCGGCUGCGGCGCGGGUCCGGCGGCACAGAUCCGUGGUUUGGGUCCGAGAGGGCGAGGUCUCAGGGCUUUCCGCUCCUGCGCCGGGCGGCUCGACACCCUGCCCGCAGGAUCCCCGAGCCUCGCGGCCGCUCAGUCGUAACCGCGCCCGGUGCAGCCCCGCGCGGGCCGGCUGUAACCGCGCCUCGGGCGGACGAUGCCCAAGAAGCUGCUGCUGCUGCCCCCGCUGUCGGCGUCCUCGGCUUUCCGCGCCCCGCGAGCCCGCCCCGCCGCCCGCCCGGCCAUGAACGCCGCCCGCACCGGCUACCGAGUCUUCUCGGCCAACUCCACGGCCGCCUGCACCGAGCUGGCCAAGCGCAUCACCGAGCGGCUCGGUGCUGAAUUGGGGAAGUCUGUGGUAUAUCAAGAGACCAAUGGAGAAACAAGAGUUGAAAUAAAAGAAUCUGUUCGUGGCCAAGAUAUUUUCAUUAUACAGACAAUACCCAGAGAUGUGAAUACAGCUGUGAUGGAGUUACUGAUCAUGGCUUACGCUCUGAAGACUGCCUGCGCCAGGAAUAUUAUCGGAGUCAUCCCUUAUUUCCCCUACAGCAAGCAAAGCAAGAUGAGGAAGAGGGGUUCCAUUGUGUGCAAGCUCCUAGCUUCGAUGCUGGCGAAAGCAGGUUUAACUCACAUUAUCACUAUGGAUCUUCAUCAAAAGGAAAUACAAGGCUUUUUCAGCUUUCCCGUGGACAACCUUAGAGCCUCACCUUUCCUGCUUCAGUAUAUCCAGGAAGAAAUUCCAAAUUAUAGAAAUGCAGUCAUUGUAGCUAAGUCUCCUGAUGCUGCAAAAAGGGCCCAGUCGUAUGCUGAGAGACUGCGUCUGGGCUUAGCUGUAAUCCACGGAGAAGCUCAGUGUACAGAGCUCGACAUGGAUGAUGGUCGUCAUUCUCCCCCAAUGGUCAAAAAUGCCACUGUCCACCCUGGCCUGGAAUUGCCAUUGAUGAUGGCCAAAGAGAAGCCGCCAAUAACGGUAGUCGGAGACGUUGGAGGGCGCAUCGCCAUCAUUGUGGACGACAUCAUUGAUGACGUGGAAAGUUUUGUUGCUGCCGCAGAGAUCCUGAAAGAGAGGGGAGCCUACAAGAUCUAUGUCAUGGCCACGCACGGCAUCCUGUCUGCAGAGGCGCCCCGCCUGAUCGAGGAGUCCACCAUUGACGAGGUGGUGGUGACGAAUACUGUCCCUCAUGAGGUGCAGAAGCUGCAGUGUCCCAAGAUAAAGACUGUGGACAUCAGUUUGAUUCUUUCUGAAGCAAUUCGGAGAAUCCACAAUGGGGAGUCCAUGGCGUACCUUUUCCGGAACAUCACGGUGGAUGACUAGCUUUCGUGGCUGCCUCGACCCUGGAGCUCCUAAGGGAAAGGUGGAAAGCCGUGCCGCCACUUAUGUACAGUGUUUCCUUUCAAGGGAGGACUGGAAAUGUCUGGAGUCAGAUAGUCUCUCUCACCAAGUUUGGUAGGUAGGAGGCAUUACAUUAAGAUAGUCAAAAGGAAGACAGAGCUAACAGGUAAAUGGCCUUAAAUGUUUACUGUUGUCACCCUGUUCCUUAAACAAAAGUUACAGACACCUUCCUGAAAAGAAUCUGAAAAUCUUACUGAUAUUGAAAAGGAGUUCAAGGUAGAUAAGGUCUUAACUCGCUAAUGUUCAUUGAGUUGUUUCAGCCGCAGGGAGGCGUACGUGUUGAUGUUGAACGUGGGUAGGGAAGCUGCGUGCCCGGGAACUGUUUCCAUUCUGAUUGUCCUUCCCAAUCAACUUCAUGGAAAUCUUUUGCAGAGAAUCAUAUUUUCUUUGAGAAAUUGCUGUGCCUACAGCCAUUGAACAAUGAAACUUUUGUGGUGUUAUUCCUGGUAAGGGUGUCAGAUUAGAGAAUAACAUACUGUCUCUGGAUAUCUGUGUUGCUCUUAAAUUGCAAAUAAAAGAAUUUGUUGUCUU